GACCGCGAGAUCGUGACCUGGCUGAAGUCGGACGCUUAACCGACUGCGCCACCCAGGCACCUGCAUCCUGGUACUUUUUACAUGCUUCAAUAACGAGAUCUAUCAGGGCUUGAGUGGGCAUGGUAAAAGCCAGUGAUGUGGGAGAAGGGUUGAGAAUUUCCUCAAAGGACGUGAGAAAAGCUUUGCAGCAGGAGCCCAGAUCUUCGUGCUGGAGGAGGCAACUCCCUAGAGACAGGUGAGGGCAGCAUUCUAAAGGACCCUUAUCUUGGGGACCUGCUACCUGGGAUGAGCUGGGGGCAGGAGCAAGACAAACUGGAGACACGGGUACUAAGGAGUCAGGGGGUCGGGAAGGUCCAGGCUACAUCUAGCUGGUUACCCUGCUGCAGAUUCAGGCCUACCUCCUCUUGGGGUUAGGGGGCUGAUGGAGUGAGGGCCUAGCAGCUUGGAGAGCUAUGAACCUGGGGGAAAGGUGGCUGAGCUGGGGGAGAGUUAAUGAGUGGGCUUCCCAUGAGAGGCCCCUCUAGGCUUUAGGGAGGAAUAUGCCAACUCUUCCAGGUUGGCAGGCUGGACAAGGAGAUUCUGCUGUGUCACCCAAUGGGGUGGAGGGGGUUUGGACUCUGGUCCUUGGAGGCUCCAGGAAGGUUGUUGCUACAGAAACAAAGCAGAGUCCCUCUUUUCUUUCAUGCUAGCUAGCCCAUCACCUGCCACGGGUGCCUUUGUGGGCAGGGGGCGGUAGGGAUAUCACUCCCUAUGGAGCCGAGGUUAUACCGUUCGGUGUUUUUAUUUAUUUUUACUUUAUUUGUGUUUCUUGCUCUUGCAACUUCCUGUCAUCUCGAAGUGCAAAGGAAGAGAGACCCUGGGGAAAAAGAAGGGGCCUGGAGAGAGAGGUUCUUGGCCUUGGCUGGCACAGGGGUGCACGGGGGCUGGCAGCAUCAAAUGACCAGGUGGAUGUGCUCCCAUGAGUGCUCCUUCCAACCUGCCCAGUUCCUACUGCUGGUGGGGGUCCCGGUGGCGAGUGCCCUCCUUCUGGUCCAGUGCCUCCGAUGGCACUGUCCUCGCUGGCUGCUGGGGGCCUUUUGGAAGCUGGAUAACCAAGAGGAGCCAGUGUCCCAUCCCACUCCUCUACCAGAAAAUGAGUCCCCAAGGCAGUGCCCGCCAGCCACACUGCCGGAGAUGGCUGCCUUCUACCAGGAACUGCAUACACCCACUCAAGGCCAGACCGUCGUCCGUCAGCUGAUGCACAAGCUGUUGGUGUUUUCGGCCCGAGAGGUGGAUCACCGCGGUGGCUGCCUGAUGCUCCGGGAUAUGGGCAUCUCUCUGCUCAUCCCGCCAGGUGCUGUGGCUGUGGGCCGCCAGGAGCGGGUAUCGCUGAUCCUGGUGUGGGACUUGUUGGAUGCCCCGUCGUUGUCCCGAGCCCAGGGGCUGGUGAGCCCUGUGGUGGCAUGUGGCCCCCACGGGGCCUCCUUCCUGCAGCCCUGCACCCUCACGUUCAAGCACUGUGCCCAGCAGCCCCGCCAUGCACGGACUUACAGCAGCAACACGACCCUGCUCGAUGCCAAGGUCUGGAGGCCCCUAGGGCAGCCAGGGGCCCACACGUCUAGGGACGAGUGUCGCAUCCGCCUCUCUCACUUCAGCCUCUACACCUGUGUGCUGGAGGCGCCCGCAGGCUGGGAAGCCCGCAAAUGGCUGCAGCUGGCUGUGUUCUGCUCGCCGCUGGUGCCGGGACAGUCCCACCUGCAGCUGCGCAUCUACUUUCUCAACAACACGCCCUGCGCCCUGCAGUGGGCCAUGGCCAACGAGCAGCCCCACGGUGGUCGCCUGCGCGGGCCCUGCCAGCUCUUCGACUUCACAGGGGCCCGAGGGGACCAGUGCCUGAAGCUCAAGUACAUCUCUGAGGGUUGGGAGAACGUGGAUGAGAGCAGUUGCCAGCUGGUUCCCCAUCUCCACAUCUGGCAUGGAAAGUGCCCCUUCCGUUCCUUCUGCUUCCGGAGGAAAGCAGCCAAUGAGAAUGAGGACUGCUCAGCGCUUACCAGUGAGAUCAUUGUCACCAUGCAUACCUUCCAGGACGGCAUGGAGACCAAGUACAUGGAAAUCCUCAGAUUCCAGGCAUCAGAGGAAGAAUCCUGGGCGGUGCCACCCCCUGUCUCUCAGCCACCCCCAUGCAACAGGCUGCCUCCAGAGCUCUUUGAGCAGCUGCAAAUGUUGUUGGAGCCAAACAGCAUCACGGGCAAUGACUGGCGUCGACUGGCCUCCCACUUGGGGCUCUGCGGCAUGAAAAUCCGGUUCCUGUCCUGCCAGCGCAGCCCAGCUGCAGCCAUCCUGGAGCUGUUUGAGGAGCAGAACGGCAGCCUGCAGGAACUGCACUACCUCAUGACCGUCAUGGAGCGGCUGGACUGCGCCUCGGCCAUCCAGAACUACUUGAGCGGGACGCACGGCGGUGGGGGCGCCCAGGAGAACCAGGGCUUGGAACUGGACGAGAAGCUCUGAGCGCCCCCAGGGGGCAGGGUGGGGACCUCCUCGCAGCACUCUGGGCACCUGGGGGCCCCCCGACACCGAGGGAGAGCGCGGCAGCUGCUUCUGGCCGCGCCCACCGACCUCAUCAGAACCCUCAGACGGUGGCUGUGGCCACCGUGAGACCAGGGGGCGGUGGGAGGGGGGGCACUGUCAGCUUCCCUGGCGCGAUCCUAGAGACCAGCUUCGUGCUGCGAACGGGUCCCAUCCUGGUCGCCAGGGGGCGCAGGAGCCCAGGAGAUGGCCCUGGCAUGGCCAGCCUCUAGGAAGCUGUUGCCUAGACCCAGUGGACUGUUAGGCUGCCCUGUCGGCACUCCUUGGGGACGGGCCAGUUCACAAGGAUUCGCUGCGCACUUAGUGAUACUCUGCAUCGGACUGGGUAUCACGGGGAAUCCUGGCAUGGAGGAAAUGGGGCUUGGAGCUUGACAAACCCGCAGUUCUCUUGUGGGAGUCAAGAUGCCCUCAUGGACGAGAGGCUAUUUCCAAAACAGCAGUGCCCUGGGGUUAGGGGAUGUGGGCGUGCUUUAGGAGCUGAGACGGGAGGCAGCGGGGCGUGGGCUGGAGCAGGAGAAGGCUUCAUGGAGGAUGCUGGAGAAAGGGUUGGGACGAGCAUAGAGUGGUUCAGCCGUCUUUGGGUGGGGAUAGAGGGUGAUGGUGGCUGGACUUACAGUAGGAGCCAAGAGUGAGCAUGGGUGUGCGGGGAGGGUUCAAGGUCAGUCAUGCCGGCUGUCCACCUGUCUCCUUUGUCUUCCUUUGUCUCUCUCUCUUCCCAUCCUUGCCUUGUCUUCCUUUCUUUCUGCCAUUAUCUCUGUCAUAAAACAUCAAUGCUGACAAGAAACUACAAGAUUAACAUUCGUGCCCAACCUUUUUACCUCUUUAUCUGGAACUGUGUGAGUUUUCAGUGUCUCUGGUUCCAUUUUGCUGUCACCAUUUUCUGCAGUCUCUGCAUCCCUGAAUCUGUGUGUUAGUCUCUGUCUUAGCAUCUCUUUGCCUCUACCGAGUCACUGGGCCUGCCUUUGAGGGUUUCCUUCACCCUCGGAAACCCUCAGUCAUUCCCCUCAGGCAAGUGUCUCUGGGCCAAUGUCAUGUAUCAAAGGCAAUGAAAGGACACUGGGCUACCCUAGGAAUGGGGGUGGGGGUGUGGAUUUUACCCUGUGAAUCAAGAUCCAAUUUAGGGUCAGGAAAUAAACAAUAGGGAUUAAAGAACAUGCCAUUCAGUCAACAAAUAUUUAUUCUGUGCCUACGAUGUGUUAGACACUGUACAGAAAAGAGAUCAGUGGGCUGGGUCCUGAAAAGAGAACAAAGGAUUUGACUCCAUUCUAGCAAUGUUUUUGUUUGCAAACAGGUAUUGUUAAAUUUUUUUUUUAAGGGCAGGCAAGCAAUCUCUCUACUAGCAAUUUGCUUUUGUAUUUAAUGAAAAGAUAUUAAAGCUUUUUCUAUGA